AUGGGAAUCUCGCUUGAUCCCACUCGACCUCGACCAUCAGCUGCCGAAGAGUGUGACAGUGUCCAGCCGCCCGCCAUAGCGGCAGCAGCGGCAGCACAUCCGCAGCACAUCAAUUACUCGCCAGCGCAUGGUGUCGGAUUGGGUGUCCUUUGUGUCGAGGACAGGCGACCGAGCUUCAACACGCGUCCGACCGUGUCCGCCAUCAUACCGUAA